AUGGUUCGUUUCAGGUCUGCUCCGUCCCUGCGACAGAGUAGCCGUCGCCAACUCAUCCCCGCAGAUCUGCUCUCGGGGUCAGCCCUCCCUCUGCACACCUCUCUCUUAACCCCUCGACGCCCGCCCCUUUACCUUUCCUUCAGGCUCUUGACCUCGCUGGAGCUAAACUCACGCUAUCAGCGCUCCUACACACGGCAGCCGUCACUCCCCCCCCUGCACCUAUUCCCCUCACUGCAGUCCCUCUCUCUCCUCUACGUUCCCUCCGACUUACUCCCCAUUACCCGCUGCUCCUCCCUCACCUCCCUCACUCUCUGGAGCCCUGAGUCCUCCUCUCUCUCGUCUCUUGCCUUCUCCUCCUCCCCCCUUGCCUCCUCAUCCACCUCUUCAGUUGCGUCCUCCCCGCCAUCCUCUCUCCGCACGUCCCUCUCGUCCCUCACCAUUCACUCCGCCCAACUUCAGGGCUCCCUCGCAUCCCUCGCCCUCUUUCCUUCCCUCUCCUCCCUCUCCCUCCACUCCUGCACCAUUGAUCCAAACGAACUCCACUCCUUCUCACGCUCCAUCCACUCCCUCUCACGCUCCCUCCACUCACUCACCCACCUCACCAUCCACUCCUGCCCACUCAUCUCCUCCCGCUCCCUCAUCCCCAUCCUCCAAGCCAACCCCGCUCUCUCCUCCCUCACCCUCCACGAAACCACCUACCGUCUGUUCGGAGCACAGGGCCUCUGUUCUCUGCUCGCUCGCUGCUCCUCCCAGCUCCGGUCCCUCCACCUCGCCGGCCUACCCUGCGUCCGCCCGGGCCUGCUUGCAGACUGCAGGGGUCUGAGCUCGCUGAGUGUGGAAGCGGUGAUAGAUCCUCCGGGGCGGCAAUUUCCGCGGGAUGUGUCUCUGGACGGCCUUGUGAGUAUGCUCGUGCGGGUGGAGCGGAUCGGGGUUGCGGGGGGACGGGCAGGAGGGGAGGCAGGACGGGAGGCAGGAGGGGAGGUUGGAACGGAAGGGUGGGAGAAAGGAAAUGCGGGUGGUUCUGCAGCCGCAGCAGCUGCUGCGGCAUCACGGAUAGCAUGCAGGGCAGCAGCAGGGGGCAGUGGGAGAUACGUGGACUUUCGCACAGAGGCAGUGGCGGCUCAGGCGGACAAGUUUGCGGCAACACAAAGCGCAAUCAAUUUCUUCGAUGCUGCUGAAGAAGCCCUUCGGAUCGCCCAAUCUGACGCCCGCUGGGCGGCGCGUGCAGAGGGAGAGAUCACGGUGGCUCGGAUUGCUGCCUGCCUCGGGAAUAUCAGGUCUGGGAUUUCGGCGUGCCGGUCAUUUUGCCGGGCGGUUCGCGAGUCGAAGGCGGCUUUUGUGUGGGAAGAAAGGCUGAUGAGGGCAUUCGCUGCUGCUGCUGCUUAUUCAAAUACAGCUGCUGCUAGUUCAAAUGCAGCUGCUGCUGACUCCAACGCCCCUAUUGUUGCUGGCCAGGCCGCAGGACUUUUUUCUACACAGUUGAGAUUUGGAGAACAGGACAUGGAUGGGGAGGAGGAAGGGGAUGAAGCUAGGGGCAUGGAUGGCGUGCUUGCUGAUGACCGCUUGCCUGAGAGUGCGCUGGGUGGGGUGCGGUCCGGUGCGGUGGAGACACGUGAAGAGGUGUUGGGCAUGGUGAGGCCACUGAUGCAGGAGCUGAGGGAGCAGCGUGUAGCCGUGCGUGAAAGCUUGCAUUUCCUGCGCCAUCUCGACGCUUCCUUGGGUGCGGCCACUCUGCCGCAACCAGUGCUGGGUGCGGCAGCAGGGGAGGCGGCAGCAGGGGAGGCGGCAGUUCCCGUGCACGUAUUCUGCCCUCGCUUAGAUUCCUUAACCCUCCAGGGGCUCUAUUUCUCCCCCACUCCCUUUGUCUCGUGGCUGCCUACAACACCUCCCUCUGCAUCUCCUCUCAUGUAUCUCUCCUCCCUCCCACCUUCCACUUCUCGCCACUCAUCUUCCUCCUCCGCCUCUUGCCUCUUCUCCCCUUCCCCUGGCCCAAGCUCAAGCAUUCAGCCAAUGUCUUUUCAGUCCACUGCUCGAGCUGCUAUUUUUGGACAGCUCAAACGGCUGGUCCUGGUGCGCUGCUUGGGGUUGGAGGAGCAGGAAUGGCUUCAGCUGCUUGCCGCAUGUGUCAGGUUGAAGGAACUAAAGGUGCAGUAA